CUCUUGCCGACCAAAGAAGCUCUGGCAUGAAGAAUGUGUUUGGGAACAUGACAUGUAUCGUGAGGAGGAGCAGGGACCGAAAUCAAGUGAGGAGCUUGUGAGAAUAUAUGGCUACGAUAUUCGUUCAAAACCGACGCCUCCUAGAGCUCCGAGAUGGAGGCGCUAUGGCCGUGGCCCUAACAAAUACGAGCGCAGCUGGAAAGAUGAAGAGGCUUCCACCCCCCGGUCAAGGUCAGGAUGCAGUGGAGGAACACGUGGUGGUCGCAGAACCAGGGGUGGAAGCCUGGUUGAAAACCGCCGAUUCCACGAUGAGGACUUUCCCGACCUUCACUCGAAGCCCUCUGAAAAUACCGCCACAAUGCAGCUGAACAGGGCAGAAGUAACGUCGUCAGCCAGGCCUGCAGGGUUCAAAGGCUCAGACUUGACAGGAAGCAACAGUUCUCAACAGGAGAAAUGGGACAAUACAGUGAAAGGUUCUGGAAUGACCCACUGGGGUUGGGGCAAGCGUCCUUCUCUACCUCCCAGGGCAGUACCAGAUGCACCACCAAAGCAGCAGGACUGCGACGUCAAGGAGGACGCAUCCUUAGGGCAUCGUGUCGGCAGGCCUGCAUCACAGUCACCAGUGAAGGCUGUUGAAGCGCCUCAAGUUUCACCUUCUACUGGCAGAAGUCGAGCUAUUCGGCAUCUGCUGACUGAGCAGGAGCAAAGCAAAAGGGAGUAUGAGGCACUCAAGAAGUUUGCUGCUAAAGGAGAGCUUCAGGAUGGUGAUAACACAGAUUUGAAGAGGAGCACAGCAACUACAGUGACACCUAGGGGAGGCCCUGUAGAAAGUUCUGAAUCUGAAGCCAAGCCAAGCCGUUACUCUUCAUUGCGACAACGUUCCCUUGCAGAGGCUAGUGGCAACCUUCUCGCAGUACAAAGCAAGGCUCAGUACGAAAAUCUCUCAAAACUCACCUCUUUCGGAACCACACCUGUAUCUGUCACAGAAGCCAUUUUUCUGCAGAAGAAGCCAUUUUUCAUGGAAUCUCAGAACCCUCCUGUAACCGAUCGUGCCCUGAAAAGGCGUGCCCAGGUCAAAGCCACCUGCCCCUCUGGUGGGAGCAGCCAGCGCUGCCCCGCCCACAGCCAACCAGUCCGCACCGGUGGCCUCUACAAGCCCUGGCACCAGCCAGAACAAUGA